CCACCAGCCCCGCCCCAGCACUAACAAUUUCCGUUCCUCUGGUGCUUUACCUUAAGGGUAGUUAUCUUAUCACUGAUACAAGCGGGAUCUUAUCGUGGGCAGAUUUUAGUGGGUGAGCUAGACUUUGGAGGGGCUCUCCUUGAUGAAACGUCAGUUUAAUAUUCCAUCGCAUGGGCUUGUAGGGUAAUCGACCGUCCAAGCAACAACAAAUAUCCCUUGCGACAGCACCUCUACAGCUUCGCAACCAUGAAGUUAGACACGAGGGCCAUGCGCCAUCUGACCGCGGAGGAUUGGCGGGUGUUAACAGCGGUAGAGAUGGGCGGCAAGAACCACGAGAUUGUGCCAACCCCGCUGAUCGAGAGGAUAGCCCGCCUCAAGGGUGGUGCCAGCGGCGUGCACAAAUCCAUAUCUGCCCUGGCCAAAGUCGGCCUGAUCGCGCGCAUGAAGGAAGCCAAGUACGACGGCUACCGCCUCACUUAUGGUGGCCUGGACUAUCUCGCCCUCCACACCCACGCCGCGCGCAAGCACGUGUACAGCGUCGGCAGUCGCAUCGGCGUCGGCAAGGAGAGCGACAUCAUGAUCGUGGCCGACGACAAGGGCACGCAGAAGGUGCUCAAGAUCCACCGCCUCGGCCGCAUCUCGUUCCGCACCGUCAAGGCCAACCGUGACUACCUCAAGAACCGUGCCUCGGGCUCCUGGAUGUACCUCUCCCGGCUAGCUGCCAUCAAAGAGUACGCCUUCAUGCAGGCACUUCGAGAGGAGGGCUUUCCCGUGCCCGAACCUAUCGCCCAAUCCCGGCACACGAUUGUGAUGAGUCUAAUCGACGCGAUGCCCAUGCGCCAGGUCUCGUCGGUCCCCGAUCCCGCGGGUCUCUACGCCGAGCUCAUCGACCUCAUCCUCCGCCUCGCCAAGCACGGCCUAAUACACGGCGAUUUCAAUGAAUUCAACAUCCUGAUCCGCGAGGACAAGGACGCGCAGGACCCGGACAAAAUCACCCUGACCCCGAUCAUAAUCGACUUCCCCCAGAUGGUCUCGAUGGACCACGCCAACGCCGAAAUGUACUUUGACCGCGAUGUCGAAUGCAUCAAGCGCUUCUUCUCCCGACGCUUCCAUUUCGUGAGCACCACUCCGGGCCCCUUCUUCAAGGAUGCCAAGAAGACCGUUGGUCGGGACGGCGCGAGGAGGUUAGAUGCUGCUGCAGAAGCGUCGGGCUUUACCAAGAAGAUGGCCAAGGAUUUGGAGGCUGCCAUCCGCGAGCAGCAAGCCAACUCCAACGGCGACGCAGGCGGCUCGGAGGACGAUUUGGAAGAUGAGUCGGAUGAGGAGGAAGAGAGUGGGAGUGAUGUUGGUGACACUGAUGAUGGUGAAGGGCGACCCCUGGUCAUUGGCGACCUUGUUUCUGUACCUCUAGGGAGCGAAGAAGGCUUAGAAAAGCUAACAAUAAACGAUGGGACGUGAAGAGUUAAGUAAGCAUCUCAAACAAUCCGACAUGCCUCUAGUCCUGUCUUCGUCCCACCGCC